UCGAGUUCGCUCUUCAGCACCAGAUCAUACUGUGUCGCUUGCCCUCCCACUCGUCCCAUAAACUGCAACCGUGUGAUAUCUCCAUCUUGGUCCCCUCAAAGCGGCAUAUCGUGAUCAGGUCGAACGGCUUGAGCGAGGCAGUGUAGGAACAAUCGGCAAAGAACACUUUGCCAUGUUGUAUUGUCAUGCGCGUCAGAUCGCGUUCACGCCCCGAAACAUCCGCGCAGGAUGGGCGAAGGCAGGUCUAUUCCCGUUCUGUCCCGAAAGAGUGCUUCGUGAUCUGCCGCGCAGUGCUGCACCUCCUACCGUAGCAGAAUCGGUCAAUGGUGAUACGGCGGGCCAGCAGGAUGCCAACAUACGAACGCGGUCAAUCUCAAGCGUUCCAUCCACUCCGAUGCUACCUGUGACACCCGUAACCCCGGUGGAUCUUGCGGGCAUCCUUACCUUGCACGACGUAAUCCGACGUGAUGCACAGAGCCUGGACAGCAGCUCUCAACGCCGCUUGCAAAAGCAAGUCCAAAAAUUAUCCAAAGCUGCUGAGACUUCAUUCGCUGAGCACGUACUGCUCGAGCGGCGCAACGAAUUUCUGCAAAGGACCAACAGCGAAGCUCGGGUACGACGCUCAACGAGAUCCAGAGUCAUCGGGACAGCGAGAGUGAUGAGCUAUGAGGAUCUGGAGAAAGCAAGAGAUGAGCGGGCACUUCGAGACGCGAGACCAAUCGCAAAGCGCAGAUCGAGAACUCGGGCGGUAGAUGACAAUGCCACUAAUGAACCCUCGGAUGUGAUUCAGACCAGUUCCGAUUCACUACGGGUCCAAGGAAGAUACACAGGAUCGCGUAUUGGAGGACAGGAGGAAUACCGACCACCGACCGCUAGAAUGUGGUAAUGUGAUUAUUGAUAAUUCGUGCACUACUUAUGCU